UUUUUUGUCUUAUGUCGAACAUUGACAAUGACCAUUGAUAUUGAAGUAUCUCAUGUUGCUCCGUAAGUCGUUUAUUCAGUUAGUGUGGACCUGAUGCCAGCUUUAGUGUCGUCCGAUUGUCAAGAGUCGAAUGAAACGUGAGAAGAAGGAGUCAGCUUUUGGCGAUCUCCCUGCUGCCUGAUUUUUAGAGCACAGUGCAUUGGGUAGUCUGUACGAGUCUCAAUCAGUAUAGUAGACAUCAUAAUUAGUUACGAGAUCUUGAGGAAGGAUGUGGGUUAAGCCACAGGAGGUGCUGGUAGCCGGAUUCGUGUGGACCACGGAGGACCACAAUACUUACUUCGUCCUGCAAAAGAGAAGGGGACGUGGCGGAGAAGGAGGACUCCGUUCCAUGAUGGUCGCCACCCUGGACAAUGUUCGAGAGUCAAAACCACCACCAUAUCGGAUUCUUCUUCAAACACACCAUGGCGAGCUAUCCUACUUAAUUGGGACUGCAAACAGUCAGUCUGAAGCUAUGCGUCACUGGGAGUACUUGAAGCUGGAAGUGCUGCCUAUGCUUGGUACGUUUGACAGUCAAGAUGAAGCGUUUAGCUUUGCAGCGUCGAAAGUAGAAAGCCUGCUUGCAAGUGCUGACAUCCCAGCUGCAAGCAGUCAAGACACGGAGAGUGGAAAAUUCCGUGUUGCCUCCGAGCAGUUCCACAAGGAUUUCAAACUGCCUGAAGAAGAAGAGCUUGUCAAUUACUAUUCCUGCAGCUUGAUCCAGAACAACUUGCCUCACCAGGGUUGGCUGUAUCUGUCUGUUAACUAUCUCUGUUUCUAUUCAUACUUCAUGGGAACUGAAGUAUCUGUCAAGCUGCGAUUUGCUGAUGUUGUGAGGUUACAGAAAAAGAACUCCGUGCUGGUAGCUGCUGGGAUUCAAGUUUGCACGAGAGAUGAUGAGUAUAUCUUUGCAGUGUUUAUGCACCGUGAUGAGACCUUUGCACUGAUGGAACAGCUGGUUGCAGUGGCUAUGAAGGGGCUGUUGACGGGGAGUAAUACUACGUCGGGUUUGCAGAAGCGUGACACCACUUUGGAACCUGGUGAGCAGAAGACGUCCAAGAAGCCCAGCACUAUCAAGCAAGACCUGGACACCAGAGCUCAAAGCCAUCAUUUUCAGAUUCUUUUCCGGUUACCUGAGGAAGAACAACUGGAAGGUAGCUUUGAUUGUACCUUGUGGCUGCCGUAUUCUAAAUCGCAUGCCCUUGGCAAGCUCUACUGCUCAGCUAACUACCUCUGCUUCACGACAAAGAUGAAAAGUCUUUGCUCGGCCGUGAUACCUAUCCGUGACAUCGCUGUAUUUGAUCGCAUGGAUGAGGACGCAAUACCAUUUGGCAUUCACAUCAUCAUGAAGUCCAAGGCAACGUUCCUGUUUGCUCAGCUGCGACACCGGGAUUUUGUGUGCGAACAAAUCUCGUCCUACCUUGAGAGGGCUCAAGGAGAGAGCAUCAGUUUUGUAGAGGAAGAAGACCAGGAGCUUGUGGAGGCCAAGUCAAAGCUAUCUGAUGCACUGAUGAACACCUUCAAGCAGGACAUUCCACAGAAUGCGCAAGCGCGAGAGGCAAUCAAAAUACACCUGUGGGGUCUUCAUUUCGCAGAGUAUGGCAGGGGUGUGUCUAUGUAUCGCAACACGCAAAUAAUGGACCUGGUACUGAAGGGCAUACCAGACUCACUGCGAGCAGAGCUCUGGCUUUGUAGCUCUGGGGCCAUGAAUGAUCUGCAAACACAUCCGAACUACUACUGCAAGCUGACACUGCGUGCCAUGUCUGAAGUGCCAGUAGCAGUGGCUGAGGAGAUUGAGCGAGAUCUUCAUAGGUCUCUUCCUGAGCACAAAGCAUUUCAAUGUGACACGGGUAUCAGCGCAUUACGGCGUGUACUUACUGCGUAUGCUGUACGAAAUCCAGCUAUUGGUUACUGCCAGGCCAUGAACAUAGUCUGCUCUGUUCUACUACUCUACUGCUCUGAGGAGGAGGCAUUCUGGCUGAUGGUAGCCCUGUGUGAGCGUCUACUACCGGACUACUAUAACACUAAAGUGGCAGGAGCCUUGGUGGAUCAAGGUGUAUUUGAGGCAUUAGCGAAAGAGCACCUUCCGGAACUCUAUGACAAGCUGCACGAGUUAGGUGUACUGUCGAUGAUCUCCUUGUCCUGGUUCUUAACCAUCUUCCUCAGUGUAAUGCCCUAUGCCAGUGCUGUGAACGUGCUUGACUGCUUUUUCUUCGACGGCUCCAAGGCAUUGUUUCAAGUGGCGUUGGCUGUCCUGGAAGCGAAUAGGCGAGACUUGCUGGAGGUGGAUGACGAAGGAGAGGCCAUGUCUCGUCUAACUGAGUAUUUGGAAAGAGUGAACAACCGUGACGCAACCCUGCCUGUUGUCCUGCCACCAAUACCCACUGCUGCUGUCAAGGCAGGCAUGGCGACAUCUUUGAAGUCUGUCGACGUCAGUGAUCUGAUCAUGGCCGGCUACAAACAGUUUAGCUUCGUGACUGAGGAGGCGAUUGACAGCUUUCGAAUGAAGCUGAGGCUGGAGGUUGUAAAGACCCUUGAGGAUAACAACAGGAGAACUAUCGUCCGUGCUAUUGGUACAAAGACCAGCUUCACUCGCGAAGAGCUUGGAAUCAUCUACUUGGAGUUCCUGGAGCAUCAUCGUAGCAGUACGUCCUACAAGAGUCAGCCUGUAGUACGAGGGCACAGUGAUAACGAUCCUGUUGACUCGCUGACGCUGGACAAGGAGCACUUUGUCGACUUCUUCACUGCCAUGCAGCCGUGGAAACUGGGAGAUUCUCACGUCAGCUAUGCAGAGCGGCUAUUUGACAUGUGGCAAGUGCAUGAGUUAGUUGACAUUACCGUGUGCACACGUCUACUGGACGUCAUGAUGCGUAAGCCGCUCAACCAGCGCUUAGAGCUACUCUUCUGCUCGCACCUCUCCAGAGAUACACCGAUUUUCCAGCAGCAGCAGCAUGUCCAGCCUCCAGCAGCUCGCAAGUCGACAUCGCUUGAGAAGCUGAUCACAGAUCGACAGCGCCUAGCACAACAGCGCGACUCGCUGUCUGCUGACUCCCGCCGGCCCAGCACUAAGGAACUUAUUGCUCAAAUGGCGGCCGGUAGUGACAGACCUUCGCCAAGCGUAUCCCUGUCUUCUUCUCCAGACCAACGGCUAUCGAGCAGUCCGACUGCGUCAUCCUCUUCAGCCACUGUGCCAGUACUCACAGGGGUGGCAGUGGACGGGGGAUAUCAUGAUGUCCGCCUCAGUCCACUAGCCCAGCGUGCUGCACAGUCUGGUAUGAGAACACCUGCAUCGCUUCUUCCUGCUGAUGAUGGCCCGUAUCGCUGCAUGGUGCAGGCGGAGUUCAUACAGUUGUGGAAGCUUGUGAAUGACAUAGUGCGGCAAGAGUCGGAAGACAAUAUGGAACUCUACCAGUCUAUGCAGCAGUGCAGCAGUCUGAUCAUGAUGAGAGGCAUGGAGUGCGGCGAGGCAGCACUGCUGGCCAACAGCAGGACUGCCAGCACUGUCAGCGACUCAGGCAGUACUGGCAGCAGCAGCAUCGCCGUUGGUGGUGGUGGAUGUGCCGGCAUAUCUAGGACCCCAUCACAGGCGUCCGUUGCCACUAGCGAGGAGAGAACCGCCGCCGAGUGCAGACGCCAGGGUGCUGCACCGGACCCAGAGUCGUCAUGGAAGCUGCCACUGAAACUGUUUCAAACUGCCAUCAUGACGGCACCGGAGCUGUCUGCGUUACUGGAGCGCAAACCAGCCGUUGCACUGUGUAAGCACACAGUCAGCAGGGCGGCAAGCACACUCAUAUCCUAUCAACCACGCACGUGAUUGCUAGCACUCGCUCUGCAUGUCCCUUCCAAUCUACGCCGCACUCGCGUCAGAGCCACUCGUAUCAUAUCAGCCACCGCUUAGUAGAGCUGUUGCUGUGUACGCUCUCUGUAGUAUGUGUGUGUCGCGUCGUUAGCGGCCGUCCAUCUACACACCGUGCUCCUGAGUGGCUACUUCAAGUAUGUGACCGAGGUGGCACAUAGGUACAGACCGACUGCGUCAUAUCCACUGCAGUGCAGUCUGAUGUGAGAUUUGCAGUUUCUUUUCUCAGCGUUUGUAUCCUGCAAUUUGAAGUUCUGCUUCCCUUUGUGCUGACAUCCUUGUAGAUAGUUUAGGCAGGUUUCAUGUAUUCUCUGGCUGCUCUAUUGUAGAGAUCUCGCUAUGCUGUUGUAUAUCUAUCCAAUACCUCACUGCCCUGCUCCAGCUUGUAUAUUCGCUUUUGUACAAAUUCCAGCUCGAUCUGGUCGGUGUGUUGUCUGUCUCUCAUCACGGUGGCUGUUGUGUCUCCUCACCUCUGCGUGCCCAAUGUUCUAUUCAGUGCUUCUGUAAUAUACUUGAAACAUCAAUACCCUCACCGCCCACUGCCAUUUGCCCGGCUAGUCCGGUUGGCAUUCAGCAAUGCAGUAUCACUAGUGCUGUUUGUACCGUCAUCAAUCUUCCUCGUAGGUUUUUUUCCGUGGAUUUCCCACCUAUGUGUAAAUAACGUUACUAGGUGCCCGUGUAGGUAAUCUUAUUAUGAUAUACUCUUACCAUUAUUCGUUGUGUAGCCGCUUUUAUAAAGUUUUGCGUGUCACUACCUACCUUCUAUGUUCGUCUGCAUUGUGCUGGCAAUGGUUUUGCUCAGAUUCCCUCACUGCUAUUUUAACUUUAUCCAAUGUUGGCUAACAGCGGUGCCGAUUAAAUUACGUUUUCUUGAUUUCUGCAGUGGCCGCUGCAUACUGACUAUAGCCGUAUAGGUCCAUUUCAAGUGUUUUCGUAAUUGACAAAGUAUUAUGACACGCGAAUGAGACUUUUACUAACUACUACU